AGUGCUCAUGUAGAAUUAUACUAAUAUACUAAUCAUACUGAUAUACGAGGUGAUGUGUGUAGAAUUGUACCGCUAUACGUGCUAAUGUCCGCGUAGCACCGUGUUCACCAAGAUGGAUCACGCCAAUCACAACGCCCUGUUCAACCUGAGCCACGCCGGAUACCGCCCGCCGGCCGUCCAGUCUCACAGCCUGGAGGCGUACACCGUCGUGCUGUCGGUGGCGGCGCACGUGCUCUCCAUGCUGUUCGGCGGCGGCAGCAGUGUGGCCGUCAUCCUCGCCAUCACCACCCGGCGCAACAUCAACAAGUACAGCUACACCCUGGUGCUGACCCUCUUCCUAGCCUGCUGCUGCCUCAACUUUAUCUGGACACCUCUGGAGAUCACCGACCUCAUCAUGUACCACUACGUGAGGACCCACCCUUGCAAAGGCUUCGUCGCCAUCAAAACAUCCCUCUACAUCUUCCUCAUCCUCGCUCUCAGCCUCAUCAUCGUGCUGUUAUCGAUCGAAGGCAUCGUCCGGCUAAGAAACAAAUUUGGCCGGCUUUUUAGAAAAAUCUGGCCAAUGCUCACAUGCCUGUUUGCCAUCGUGUGCUCGGCGGGUUUGACCGGGGCGUUUAUCGCUAUGUGCGCGCAACACGCGGAAGUCUUAGAGCUGACCUACGCCAUCAACAAUGACGACGCGCACGCCACCUACCUGGGGCUACUCAUCCUCUCGGCGACGCUUGCUGCCAUCAUGCUCGCGGCCACCGCCUUCCUCCUCAUCAAAGAAACCCUGUACUGGGAGGACGGGCGGCCGCACUUCCGGAAGAAGAAAAUGAAGCUCAACAUUCCAGAGUUCCUGAUCAGCCAGUCCAACGCAUGCGCAGACAACGACGGCGGGUUCGAGCACAGCCAGAGCGGGACGCCGUCACCGUCCACCCCCAAGCUGCUGACCGUCGGCGACCCGGACACGGCGUCCAUCAAGGGCGAGGACGCCAACACCAUAUCGGAGCUGCCCAGCCCGGUCAAGCCGAUGGGGAACAGGCUUGGUAUCAAUAUGGCCCAGGUCCUGGGCCGACGACGCCACACCAUCUGCCAGAUCAGCGACUCCAGCACCGCCAGCACCCCAGCCGACCCCAUCUCCAAGGCCAAGCAGUACAACUACGUCCGGAAAUUUUCCGUGGAUAUUUCCGCCCUCCAGGCGCAGCUCCAGAACCCGAAGAUCUUCAAAGACGCGCCAUUCCAGUCUGACAUCGACCUCACUAAAAGAGCGGCCGCCGAUUCCGCCAAGAACUCAGCGCCUAAACCGCUACUUCCGCUGAAACCGUUGCCGCUGAAGUUUGACGAGAAGGACGAGAAAGGAAAAACGUCAGAACCGGAUACGGCUUUGAAGGAACCCGGAAGUGCCGGGCUGUCCAUCCCGCCUCCUGUCAUCAUGGUGUCCAAUGAGGACACGCAGUCCAACUACGGCGAUGCUGAAGCGGCCAACGACCUCCACGGUUCUAAAGAAUCAUUCCAACAACACCCCAAUUCCAACGCCCAAAAGCCCACAACGCUAGCUUUCAAAGAGUCACAGGACGCCGACGAGCCCACUUCGGUGCCGACGCUGGAGAGCGCUCAAAGCGAACCGAGUGAAGAAGAGUCAGAGGGUCAGAAAAUGGCGCGGCUGACGCUGUUCCUGUGCUUGACAUUCGUCCUGAACAUGGCGCCCCUGCUGAUCACGCUAGGGCUGCUGAGCCGCAUGAACACGCACGCGUACACCAACAUCUCCACCUGCACGCUGGCCAUCUCCGUCAUCCAGACCAUCGUGUACCCGCACCUCAUCGCCUGCAGUGAUGACGUGGUGCACCGGGCCGUGCAGAAGUUGAAGACACGCUGCCGGAGUCUCUGCAGGAGGUCUGCGGGCCCCGAGUCGCACUGCCACGUCGAGGAGAGCUCCAGCACUAGCCAGGUGUAGAUAACCGGCUUCCCGGAACUUUGCCGGUUGUUGUUUUUAUUUCAUGUGCUGACCCGCAUUUGGUUUAAUCGAAAAUUUUAGGUUUUGUGCUAACCUAACAUAUUUUUCUUAAUUAAUUCUAGCUGGAGAAAUACCGGCUUCGUGCUAACCGGCAUUUUCCGGCAUCGUGAUAACCGGCACUUUGUUUCAUCGAAAUUGUCUUGGCUCUGUGCUAACCUAACAUUCUUCUGGAUUAAACCUACCUGCAAAUAUGACGGUUUCGUGAUACCCGGCAUUUUACCGGCUUCCUCUUAUCCGACAUUUAUCCGGCUUAGUGUUAACCGGACAAUUAAACCGACCACGGCAAUGGAGAGAUCCCGUCAGUAACCCAAGUUAAGCCUCCCUCCCCAACCCGCGCCUUUAAAUCAAGCUCAACCCCAGCGCUGCACGCAUGAGAGGAACAACUCACCUGCAAUAUCUAAACACACCUGCCCGAAUAGGUAACUACCUGAACUCAAGGGUACGACGCUUACCUGUCUCUAAACCUGGAUAAAGCGACACAACUUUUAAAUACGUUUAUUUUCUAACUCUCCUGUCAUG